AUUGUAUGUUUAUUUUGAACCUCUGGGAACCGUAAGGAAGAAGAAACCCAUAAAGCAUUACUCGCCCACCCCCACAGCGGACAAACAAUGAAAGACAUGCGUGAAAUAUAAAGCGCCCCCGCAGCAUCAUUUUGUGGGUGUGUGGGUGUGUGGGUGGUGCUGGCCUUGAAUUGUUGAUACUCCGCUUGUUCCUUCGCCUGUGGGGAGAGCCACUCGGUCUUACAGCUCCCCACAGAAUCCCCUCCAAUUUCCUGUUCCGGGCUGCUGGCCUCGUCUCAGCACCAAGCGGGACGGUGCAAAGCCAGGCUGUUGCGUGUGAUGAUCUGAAGCUCAGCAGGCCGAAGGGGCGAUGAGGAGCGGUGCUGUCCUGAUCAUCCUCCUGGGCAGUGUCGCAGGCGGAAGCGCCGGGUUUAACCAGCCCGUGUCCCCGAUCGACGCCGGCCCCGAGGCCGAGGACUGCUUCUGUCAUCUGACAGGUGUCUUGGAUGACUGCUUCUGUGACAUAGAAAGCAUUGAUGAUUUCAACAGCUACAAGAUCUUCCCUAAACUACAGCAAUUGCUAGAAAGGGAUUACUUCAGAUAUUAUAAAGUUAAUUUGAAGAGACCUUGUCCCUUCUGGUUAGAUGAUGGGCAUUGCUCGAUUAAGGACUGCCAUGUCAAGCCUUGUUCUGAGAGUGAGAUUCCAAUUGGGAUUAAAGCAGCUAAUUUCAACAAAUUUUCUGUGGAAACAAAUACAGAUGAAGAUUUGCAAGACUGUGAGGAAGCAAAUAAGCUUGGAGCUGUGAACAGCACGUUGAGUAACCAAACAAAAGAAGCUUUCAUUGAUUGGGCAAGAUAUGAUGAUGCACAAGACCACUUUUGUGAACUUGAUGAUGAAUUAUCGCCUGAUGCUGAAUAUGUGGAUCUCCUCCUGAAUCCGGAACGUUACACUGGAUACAGGGGACCAUCAGCUUGGAGGGUGUGGAACAGCAUCUAUGAAGAGAACUGCUUCAAGCCUCGAUCUGUAUAUCGUCCUCUGAAUCCACUGGCACCUAGUAGAGGAAACGACGAUGGCGAGUCUUUCUACAAGUGGUUGGAAGGUCUAUGCCUUGAAAAGAGAGUCUUUUACAGGCUGAUUUCUGGGCUUCAUGCUAGUAUCAAUCUACACCUCAGUGCAAAGUAUCUCCUUGAUGAUGGGUGGGGAAGAAAUAAAUGGGGACCAAACUUAGAAGAAUUCCAAUCUCGGUUUCAUCCUACUGAAACAAAAGGAGAAGGUCCAAGAAGGUUGAAAAACCUCUAUUUUUUGUACUUAAUUCAACUAAGAGCUUUAUCUAAAGUAGCUCUAUAUUUUGAACGUUCAAUUGUCGACUUAUACACUGGAAAUGCAACAGAAGAUGCAAUUACCAAAAAGCAGCUGCUGGAAGUUCUCAAGGAAACCAAGUCAUUUCCUAUGCAUUUUGAUGAAAAGUCCAUGUUUGCAGGCAACAAGAAAGAAGCUAAAACACUAAAGGAGGAAUUCAGACUUCAUUUUAAAAAUAUCUCCCGUAUAAUGGAUUGUGUUGGAUGUGACAAGUGCAGAUUGUGGGGUAAACUUCAGACUCAGGGUUUGGGUACAGCUCUAAAGAUUUUAUUUUCUGAACGGGAGAUCAAGAAUCUUCCUGAGCGGAGUCCUUCAGCAGGUUUUCAGCUCACCCGACAGGAGGUUGUUGCUCUUUUGAAUGCGUUUGGCAGGCUUUCAACAAGUAUUCAAGAAUUACAGAAUUUCAAAAUGCUGUUAAAGGACAAGAGUAUCCUGUAUUAAGUAGGUUACUCUCUGAAUUGACCAAAUAUAGCUGCCUCAUCGGCUGGCGUACUUGAGGAGCAGUAAUCAUUUGGAAGCAAGGAUCAAAGCAAAGUGACUGUGUGUUUUAAAAGCUACUUGUGGGUAAAACACAAGUUAUUGUUGGAUCAUCUGCAGCAAGGAUGUCAUAUAUAUAUAAAAUAUGUGUGUGUAUGUAUAUUAUAUAUAUAUAUCACAAAUAAUAGUGACCAUGCUUUGUUGUGUUACCUGUACUUUUGUGCCUGUAUGUUUGUGUUUUAACCCCUUGAUGGUUGCUGAAACUGUUCAGCCAUUGUACUGUUGGUGUGAAACUUUUGCCUGGUCCACUUGAACACAUGCUCAAAACAUUACUAUAAAAGUUUAAAAAGGUUUAUACCAUUCAUAAGUUAUUACAUGUAUACCUUACUCUUUAAAAAAUUUGUUGAUUGAAUCUAUUAAUCCUUUCUAUCGAUAAACUAAUACUACAAACUUUAUCAGUUGAACUGAGUAUUCUUCAAUCUGGCUAGAUUAUUGCUUGGUACUAGUAGAGCCUGGCCAUUGUGGCAUAGGGAGACAAUAAGUCAUUUGACCUCAACUACUCCGGGCUAUUCAUUUUACCCAUUAACCUAUAAUUCCAUGAAACGUACAGCACAGGCUAUUCUCCCCAUCUAAUUCGUGUCCAAGUUUGUGCAGCAAAAGAGCUUCCCUCUAUUUUUUUCUUCUAAUUUUAUCAUUGUAUUUUUACUUGCGCAUGUAUCAUAAAGCAAUCACCCAUUGUGAUUAUAAUGCCCAUCAUAUGCUAAACUGAGUCUAUCAUCCAGGGAAAAGUAGGAAUAUGAUGGUCAUUAUUAAAUUCAAUUAUGAAUUCAGAAGAAAGGACUUGGAGCAGGAAGAUGAUUGGAAAGCUACUGCACAACGAGUCAUCAAGGUGAAUAGCAUGAAUAUAUUUAAGGGGAUGCUAGACGAAUAAUAAAAGGUUGCCUUAAUUAAGUGAAAUGUAAUUAAUUGGGAGUUAAUGUAGAUCGAGGCAUGUUUAAUUAGAGAUGAAGUCUACUUCUCUUCCUCGUGUUCCUCCUUCCUGAGGUACUUGUCUACUUCUCCAUCAAUGCAUUUAUGCUGUUCACCUCAACUAUUCCAUUUGGAAAUAAGUUCCACAGUCUGGUUAAAGAGGUUGCUCAAAUUUCUUUAUCAGUGACCAUUUUAUUUAUCAUUUCUAAUUUUGACCUCCUUCAUAAAUGCAUACAUCUGUAUCUAGGAAGUGUGGCCAAUCGGGCAGCAUCUCCAUUAGAGAAUGGUACACUGAGAACAGCAAAAGUCUGCUCUUAAAAAGAAGUAAUUUGAACGGCCAGAAAAAUUAGAGAAAAAUCAAGUUUUAAAUGAGACGUUAGUCUAUAGUGAUGAGUUUAGCCAUUUUUUAAACUUAAUUUUGUUCCAAAAAAAUUUUUUAAGUUCUUUUAUUACAACCCAUGAUCUACUUAAAACAAGUUGUUUAAAUGAACCUUUUCUUUUCCUAAUGGCACAGAUUGAUUCUAAAGAACUGGAGAAUUCAUGUCGGUUCAGGCUACAAUUGGAAGUGUCCAUUUUCUCCACUUACGAUCAUCUAUCCUAGAUCAUUCAAUUAAUCAUUUAUGGCAAUCCUUAAAAUGAUCGGCUAUGGUUUGAAAUGUGAAAAAUAUCUUCUCCUGUUUGGAGAAACAAGUUGCUGAAGUCAUCUAUAAAUUUAAUAGUGGGCAGAUAAUAUAAAUAGGUGGCAAUGUACUGAGAAGCACCUAAACAAUUUAACAUUACACGCACAAUAUUUUCAAUAUGUAAAUUUAAACAAGCAAAUGCAACAAAUGUUAUUAUUAGUUUACUUAAGUUAUCAAUUUGGGGAGCAAACCAGAUCCUGAAAUGUCUUUUUCUGUAGUCUUUUGCAUCAUUUAGAUUCAGUAGAAACUAGCAAUGAAGGGACAUUGUAAUUUCUGCAUUGUGCAGUUUUUAAUUGAUUUGAAGUUCCUUGGAGAACAGCAGGAAUCUGAGUAACAAAAUUGCAUAUAUUUGCUCUAAAUUGCAGCAGAUUCUACAAAAAAUACUGAUCAUUAAUUUGUUUUGAAUACUUGCAAAUGCUGACUGGAAUAACCUGAGCACUGUGAACCAAGCUUUCGUUUCCUUUGUGCAACUACUGCUUCACAGCUUCUUACGUUUCCUUUCAAGAAUUAUCACCUUCAGCUGCAGAUGCUGCACCAAGUUGUUCUUUCUGACUUUCCUUUGCAUGAUCAGCACUAAUAUUUUGGUGCAUCUGUACCCUGCCUUAAGCAAUGUGACAAAACUGAUUGUAAUUUUUUUUAAAAUCUUUGAUCACUAGUUGCCUGUGUUCCAAACCUUGAUGAGUUGAUUUAUUUUUCCUGGUUAUUAUGUACUGUAUGUCUGUUCAGCAUAAAGAUUGAAAUUGUUUGGAAAAUAUUUAAUCGCACCCCUUGUGUUUACUGCACUUGUCAGAUGUAUUUAUUUAAAAAGAAAAAUAAAUUUUCCUCGCUAUCCACUUUGAAAA